AUUUCGGUAAUUUGGUCGUCCAGGAUUACACUUCCGGUUUCAAUGGUGGGAGAUUUGACAUCAAAAAAUCACCAAAACAUGCUGGAAAAAAACGAAAAUUACCACCAAUUAACGGCAUUAACGAAAUGAAGAAAACACAUGCAUCAUUCUUGUCAGUUUUGAAAAGUGAAGACAAUGAAUCCCUUGCUGUCGUUCCAGUUGUUUCUGUGGAAUAUGUGAAUUCGGAUCCAGUAAUGUCAGUAUGGGGGACAACUCUUCCGAACCAAACGCCUCGACAAACGAGACACCAGGUGAAAUCUAAAUCCACAACACGAUCUCAAGAAAGGGUUGAUGACUGUCCAAAUCUUGUGUCUUUACGUGGUAAAGGUUAUGAAAUAAGUCUACAACACAUGAAAAUAGCUGAUUACAGAGAUGAACAUGAUCGUUCUUCCAGUUCACCGUCAGUGCCAUAUUCAACCACAGAUAUAUUAUAUAAUGGAGAGACUGGUCGAUCUUCACUAGCAGAUGAUUAUUCACCUAAAGAUCUAGUCUAUUUCGAUAAAGAUAAAUCUACACGAAUAAGAGAUGGUGAUAUACGACGGCCAGCAAGUAGGAAUAAUUCUAGACGAUCAUUGUCUUUAGAAAAAGUGUCUAUAAAUGGUGAUAAAGAUGAAUUACAACCAAUCAAAAACUCAGCUACAGCAGCUAAACAAAAUCACUUCCGACCCGCGGGUAUACGACAGUCAUAUCUACGCGGAGAACAGUAUCAUUCCAACAAUUCUACACCAAAAAUAAAUACCUCAUCACAUGGAAUAGAGAAAGAUGAUUUAGUUGCUAUGGGAACGAUAUGGAAUCCUAAUUCCGUUGCUAAGAACUCUAUGUUAUCAUUAAAUAGACAGUAUUCUGUUAAUUCUGUGACAACCUCUAGUGCUGCACCAAUAAGACGUGGUCCAUCAACUUCUAGAUUUAGUAUGGGUACUGGGGCUUCCCGAGCACGUGAUGUUGAACCAAAAUACACAGAUCCUGCCAUAGCAGCACCUGCUUCCUUUCAACAACGUUUGAUAGACUUAUCUGCCCUUGAGGCUGAAACGGUUCGAUGGGAACGUAGUAAGAAAGUUAAAAAGAAAUCAAAACAGGAUCGUGAUUCGUGAGAUGAAAUGUGUUUAAAGAUAAUUUUAUAAGCAAGAACUAGAGAAGUCUUGUUGUUGUCGUUAUGUGAUAAAUUUAUUUUCAGUAUUAUAUUGAUUCCUCAAUUCCCUGUGAUAAAUUGUGAGAGAGAGAGAGAUGUGAAACUUUGUAAGAAAAUAAUAAGUACAAAGAAAUAGGCCUUACCUAAAGAUAUGGGCCUAAGCUGAAGAUAUAGGCCUUAAAUAACGAGAGACCUAAGCUGAAAAUAUAGGCCUUAAAUAACGAGAGGCCUAAGCUGAAGAAAUAGUCUUAAAAAAACAAAGGCCUGAGCUGAAGAUAUAGUCCUUAAAUAUAGAAAAACCUAUCCUGAAGAUAUAGGCCUUAAAUAACGAUAUAGGCCUAAGUUGAUGAUAGAGACCAAAGAAGAAUAUACAGGCGUAUGUUAAAGUUAUAUUUCAAGAAAAUGUUGAACGGUACCGAGAGACAUAAUACACGGACUGUGUUUAUUGUUUGAGGAAGUGGACUGUGUUUAUUAAGGACAUGGACUAUUGUUUAUAAACAUAAGAUUCUUUGUAAUGUUGGUUGUUGUGUGCUUUAGAUAUUGAAAUAGUGCGGGAAAUUGUUUUAGAUUUAUUCAGCAAUAGGAUGAUGUUCUUUGGCGUUGUAUUUAUUUUUUUUUUAAAAAUGGGUAUUAUAUAGCCUAGUGAUAAGAAACCUAUCACAGGUAUUGUCAGGUACAAAUUCUGGCUUUAAUUGUCUGGGACACAGUGUCUACAAUCUGUUUAAAAUACAGAUCUGUAUUUCUUUACGUUUUGUUUAAUACUUUUGGUGGCCUCUUCUACAUGAAGAUCUGACCGGCUGUAAUAGAAGGUAGUGUCAGAGGUCAUGCGAGCGGCUUUUGACCCUACGACGUCAGACAUUUAAUUAACCAAUUAGUGUUGAUGUUUCUAGUUGGUUAAUUGUCUGUGUCUAUCAAUUGUCUGUUAUUCGUGUUUUUAAUAUAUUUCUGACAAAAUGUUCAAACUGUCUGGUACUAAUCCAGUAGUGCCUGAUAUUUGGCAAAAAAGUCAAAUUUUUAAUGAUAUUUUUUUAAUAAAUGUCGGACACAAUGAUUCAAACGGUCAAGUGCUACGUCGUAGUUCCAUAACGCUCAAUAUACGACAUGUCAGGUGUAUGGCAGAAAGUUCAUUUUGUCGCAGACCAGUUCAGUAGUGCCUGAUAUUUGUCAGAUACAUCUAAUAAUAUUAUUUCUGUGCCUGGUAUAUAAUAAGAAAUAAGAGCUGAUUAGUAGAAUAAAACCACCUGUUAUUUUUAUACUAUUAUAUUUUUGAAAAAGGUUAAAGAGCACCAGGAAUCCUGUCUCAAUCAAAUUUAUUUUAUGCACAAAGUAUAGAAACUUGUGUAAAUUGUAUUGUAGCCCAAACUAUCAAUUUUGUGGAUUUUGAUCGUUUAAAAUGUUGUGUGGAAGAAUAUUUCCUUGGCCUUAGAAUGUCUUCACAAAAUUCUACACUUCAAGACAUGUUGAUGAAAUCUUUAUAUGUAGAUGAUUAGCAAUGAAAAUCAACUACUGUCAUAUUGAAACAAAUGUGUGAUAUUUAUUAAAGAUACAUUAUGUAAGAUUUAGAUAAAAAAAAAAGCUGGCCUUUCUUGUUAUAAUAGUUCGAAAAUAUAUUGAAAAUUUCAUUAAAAUUACUUAAUUCGAACAUAAAUAGUUACUAUCCUUACAGUUGAGUGGACAUCAGACUCUUUCUCUUUAUUGCCCCCUUUCUUCCCACUCCCUCGGGCCAAUUCCUUGAUUGUAUAUGCCUAUAUACACGACAGAAGUAGGACAUAUUACUCAGUUUAGAAAUGUGAGAAAGGAAGAUAUUUUAAACAUCCAAAACAACGAUAAUUCCCAAUAUCGAACACACAUUUAAAAUUAAUAUUUAAUUUCAGUAUGUUUAUUAUUAUCGUAGCAACGGUACUUGACAACAAAGACUGAGUCUCGAUUAUCCAUUUUAUCAUUCAAUUUUUAAAUCUUGCGAGAGUUCAAAUCCAUUUUAUUCUCAGUCAUCUGAAUAAAUGUCAUGUGAAUAAAUUUCUGAUUUAUAUAAAAUUUGAAGCCAGAAAAAAGAUCUCCAAUAGGCAGAUUUAUCUCUUACAUAAUGCAUCUUUAACAUAUAAAUAUUCUUAAAAACAUGUGCGUACUAUAUAAACCGACCUGGACGUCAUCUUUAACAUAUAAAUAUUCGUAAAAACAUGUGCCAUCUUUAAAUUAUGACGUCAUAUCAAAAAUAGAAUUUCAUCCAGUGAUGCACAAAUGUCCAAAGAACAAGCAUGCACAGUUUCCUUUUGUUAUUAUAUUUAGUGAAAGUGUCAGUCCUGUAGAGAUCGUCAUAUGCUCUCAAAAUUUGGAUAAAUUCUUUUAAAUAGCUACUUUAAAGGCUCGAUACACUAUUUCUCAAGCCCUAAUAUACGCUAAAUAUGUACUGAGAUUUUGUCAUAACUGAAACAAUUGUACAGCAAGUACAGAAGGCUUUAAGUAGUUAUCACUGUUUGUUUUCAGUGCAGCAAUUAUCUCCCCUUCUACCGGUCCAAUGUAUGUCAUUGUCACAAUUAUUUAAACAACAAUGAUAAUCCUUAAGCAAGUCACAGGACCACAUUGAACAAAUCUAGCAAUUAUUUCCCAGCAGUAUUUGGCUUAAAUCUUCACAGUCUCGUAUUAAUUUAGUGUACUUUAACAAACUUUUAUUAAUGGAUAUCCUGUGACUACAGCUAUUUAAAGUAAAAACCAAUUAGAUCUAAAUGUUUUGUGUUCUGCCAAAAAUUAAGUUCUUCAUUUUGAGCGUGAAAUUUAGGCUAGUGAACUAUCAGGACAACUGGAUAAAAGUGGCAUCACAGUUACUUGUUACCAAUAAAAUAAAUGUGUUUAAUAUGAAAUCAUAAGAUAGCCUUUAGAUUAUUUAUUGAAAAUCCAAACACUGACCCAGUGGUCCCCACCUUUUUUGCCAACGGCACACCUUGGAACUCAUGAACAAAUAGCCACACACCUGGCUAAAUAUAUAUGAAAAAUAUUUGAAUUUUGCACAAAAAAAAAACAUUGACUAGUCAUAGAGACAUAGAAUGACUUAUCAGUAGACACCAGUGAAAUACUCAAUUGGGAUCACAUGGCUUUUCGCAUUUUCUUAGUGUGCCGUUCAAAAUUUUGCGGCACAUUUAUGAAGAUCUCGAGGCACACUGGAUGAGAAUCACUGUACUGACCUAAUAAUUGAACAGUGGCAUGAAGAUACUUGUAAGUUUUUAAUUAAUCUAAAAUAAAAUUGUUUUUAUGGAGAGUAAAUGUUAAAUUGUUACUGUUUCUAUAUUAUAUAAUAAAUUAAUAACAAGUUCA